UGGCUCUCUGCGUGGGGGCCAGCACCCACCUUGCCCAGUGCCAGCCCUGGCUCCUGGGGAGAGUGGAGUAGGCUGGCACCCUGGGUGGGUGGUGAGGACCUGGUGUGAGCGACCACAGCUGUACGGGGCCGUGGCAGGGUGAGGGGGCUUCCCUGCAAAGGGCUUCUCCAAAGAGGGGCUGAGUCCAUCCCCCUUGCUGUCCCCAGGCAAGACCCGUCCUUGUCCCUGGUGCAGGGAGAGCUGCUCUUCUAAGCAACCAAAUCCAGGGUCUUGCAACUCUCUGCCCUCCAUCCCCCCUCUCCCUCCUCCAGUGCCAUCUCUCCAUCCCGGCCACUAACCUCUCCCUGGGGACAGCCCAGCUAAUCCAGGCAGCCACUUGUCGCCAUAAAUCCUCUGGUGUCCUCACCCUCCUUCCCCUCUCUGCCCCUCUGAGCCCAAAAGCCCUUCACCUGGCAGCAGGAGAAACCUGUGGCCGGGUUAUUUGUGCUGCCUACAAACAGCUGGUUCCUAUUAAGGCUUCAGCCCGGCGAUAGGAAAGAACGUGAGCAUCUCUCUGAGGCAGAGAGCAUUAGUGCAGUAGAAGGCAGGAGACAAGCACAGCUCCAGCCCAGGCUCAGCUGAGAGCCCAGCACCUCCCUGCCAUGGGCUGAGCUCUGCCACCAGCCCUUGGGGUGGCUGAGGCAGAGGAAGAGGACAGCUGUGAGCCUUCAUCACCCCACCGUGAUGUUACCUGCCCAGGAGCUGCUGGGGAAGCCGCCGGUGCCCCGGAGCCAUGGGGUGGGCACAGUGGGAUUUCAUCUUCCAGAAGGAGCUGUUUGCUGCCAGAGACACGGACCCCAUGCACAACCUCUCUACUCAGCCCUGGCAGGCGAAGAUGGCAAACCUGACCUAUGACAACUUCACCCUGGGCAACCGCUCCGAGGUGACCAUCCAGCCUCCCACCAACUACAAGACGGUGGAGCUGGUUUUCAUCGCCACGGUCACCGGCUCGCUCAGCCUGGUCACCGUGGUGGGGAACAUCCUGGUGAUGCUGUCCAUCAAGGUGAACCGCCAGCUCCAGACUGUCAACAACUACUUCCUCUUCAGCCUGGCCUGUGCAGACCUCAUCAUCGGAGUCUUCUCCAUGAACCUCUACACAGUCUACAUCAUCAAAGGCUACUGGCCGCUGGGGGCCGUGGUGUGCGACCUGUGGUUGGCCCUGGACUAUGUGGUGAGCAAUGCCUCUGUCAUGAACUUACUCAUCAUCAGCUUUGACCGGUAUUUCUGUGUCACCAAGCCGCUGACAUACCCGGCCAGGAGGACCACCAAGAUGGCGGGGCUAAUGAUCGCGGCUGCGUGGAUAUUGUCCUUCAUUCUCUGGGCCCCUGCCAUCUUGUUCUGGCAGUUCAUUGUGGGCAAGAGGACAGUCCCUGAGAGGGAGUGCUACAUCCAAUUCCUCUCCAACCCAGCGGUGACCUUCGGCACGGCCAUCGCUGCUUUCUACCUGCCCGUAGUCAUCAUGACGGUGCUGUACAUCCACAUCUCCCUGGCCAGCAGGAGCAGGGUGAGGAGACACAAGCCUGAAAGCAGGAAAGAGAGGAAAGGCAAGUCCAUCAGCUUCUUCAAGGGCCCCGUGGUCAAACAGAACAACAAUAACUCCCCCAAGAGAGCGGUGGAGGUGAAGGAGGAGGUGAGGAAUGGGAAAGUGGAUGACCAGCCCUCAGCACAGACAGAGGCCACUGGCCAUCAGGAGGAGAAGGAGACCUCCAACGAGUCCAGCACGGUCAGCAUGACCCAGACCACAAAAGACAAGCCCACAGCAGAAAUCUUGCCAGCAGGGCAAGGACAGAGCCCGUCCCACCCCCGGGUGAACCCGACUUCCAAGUGGUCCAAGAUCAAGAUUGUCACCAAGCAGAGUGGGACCGAAUGCGUCACCGCCAUUGAGAUCGUCCCGGCUAAGGCAGGAGGCUCUGAGCACAACUCCCUGGCCAACAGUCGCCCAGUCAACGUUGCCAGGAAGUUUGCCAGCAUCGCCAGGAGCCAAGUACGGAAGAAGCGCCAGAUGGCAGCCCGGGAGAAGAAAGUCACCCGCACCAUUUUUGCUAUCCUGCUAGCCUUCAUACUCACAUGGACUCCAUACAACGUGAUGGUCCUCAUUAACACCUUCUGUGAGACCUGCGUACCCGACACGGUGUGGUCCAUCGGCUACUGGCUCUGUUACGUCAACAGCACCAUCAACCCGGCCUGCUAUGCCCUCUGCAAUGCCACUUUCAAGAAAACCUUCAAGCACCUUCUCAUGUGCCAGUACAGGAACAUUGGCACAGCCAGAUAAGCUGGCACUCAGGGACCACUUCAGCAACGUUACGGAAGCCCUUCCCUUUGCCGAGGAGGUGGGGUGUGUCCUCUGCUCCCCACUCACAACAGUGCAGACUGUGCAGUGAUUGCAGGUGAUGCCCUUCAUCCAAUGCUGACAAAGGUCCAAGGCACCCCUGAGCUGCAGCUCCUUCCAGUCACCCUGGGACCUGGGGACUAGCUUGGGGAGCCAGUGGGAAAGUCGGAGGUAAGAGGAGGAGAUGUGGUCACCAGGAGCCUUUCCCAGCUCCCUGCUCUCGAGAGGCUGGCCCAAUGUUUGCCCUAGGACUGAAUGCCUCGUCUCCCCCAUGACUGACUGUCUCCAGGGCAUCAGAGCUUGUCUGCUGGAUGCUGGAUGCUUUCAAUAGACACUUAAACCAUUCAUUACCCCAAAAAAUGAAAAGAAACCAGGGCCAAAUAUUUGCCAGCCCUCUUGGACCAGGCUGGCUUGGGGCGUACUCAUUGGGAGUCCUGCUGGCCCAGCCAGGCAGUCGAGAUGGCACCCCAGCAGAUGUGGCAAGCUCCUUUCUUUCCCUUCAGAGACACCAUUGGACAUCCUCAUCCAUGGACCAGGAGGAGAAAUUUUUCCUUGGGCUUUGUCUAUGCUCUCCCCUUCCUGCCCUCGGCCAGCAAUUGGCUGGACGCACAGACAGACCAACCAAGCAUCUCCCUCCUGGGUGAGGAGGAUGAAACCCAGCCACCUCCUCCAAAGAUGGAAACUAAAACUGUGAAGAAAAGCAAGUGGUGUGGUGCAGGACUUCUCUCCAUGGCAUGGGGGAACGUGGCCCCUGAGAAGUGGGCAGCAGCAACAGGGAAAAUAACUGGCUUUGGGAGGGAUGGGAGGAGCUGGGUGGUCUCAGAGGGGGUCGGGAAGAGGGUCUGCGAUGUGGCAUGGGUGCCCUGUGUCUCAUCUGAGCCCUGAGUAGGUCCCCGUGGCCGGUGUAGGGAGGCCUGGUGCACGGAUCCGGAGGUAGGAGAGGAUGGUGGUGGCCCCCCCAGCCCCGCUCGUGCCCUGGGAGGUCCAGGGGAGGCCGAAGGAGCUGGCUGCUGAGCUUUGUAAAUGGAUAUAACCCUGUCGUCGGUGUUGUGGUGGAGCCCUCAGCAUGCAGGCUUCAGCCAGCAUCUCCAGCCCCCCUCCCAGCCCCCCUGUGUGCGCAGCCCAGACCAUCCCAGGGCUCCUCCUCAGCUUCUCCCAAAGUCGGGUCACCACAAAUCUUGUGGGCACAGCCAGGUGCAGCCAAGGGACAGGAUGGGGCUGUGCUGGCACUGGCAACCGCCGCAUCUGUACGUCCUUCCUGUCCCCACACCAGGGUGAUGAUGUGCAACCUGGAGAAAGAGUCCCCAGGUGGGGACCUCCCAUCUCCACUGCCUUUAGGAUAAUUCACAUCGUGGUGCCCAAGAUGUCCGGCGGGCUUUUGUUUGGUUUUUAUUUUUGUU